AUGGAUACACCCCAGGGUGAAAGGGGCAGACGACUAUUUAUGCUUGCGGUGCUGGACAUUCUACAGACGCUGCCACACGCCUCGGCUCAGCUCAACCAAGGGACUACCAUGGGUCCUGCCUUCCUGCUGGCCUUUCCUUUGCUGCUGGCUCUUUCAACACCCUGCGAUGCCUGUGAGUGUAAAUUUCGGCAUCCUCAGACAUACUACUGCACGUCAGACAUCGUUGUAAUAGGUAAUAUACUGGAACGUGGAAAUGACACCGCAUUAAAACGAAACUACAGAAUCAACAUCACUCAGAUACUCAAGAUUCCCAAAAAGAUCCCCCCCAUCACUUCUGUAUACACACCCAAGGCCUGGGAUAGCUGUGGUUACGAGGUGAGGACUUCUCAGCAAUCAGAAUUACUUAUUGCAGGCUAUCUGAGGAGGGGGGCGCUGUACUUCACAAGAUGCCACAUGGUACAUUUCUGGUACCUUCUCACCAGCGAGCAGAGGUUAGGUUUCAAGGCGCUGUACAAAAGGGGAUGCAAAUGUCAGAUUCAGCCAUGCCUUCUCUGCUCGCGCAGUUGCCCCCAACCUGAUAAACAAGAGUGUGUGUGGGAGCAGAAAGACUGCGAUUACAGCAUGUGGGAAGGAAACCAGUCUCUGUAUUCCAUGUGUGCCCCCGGGCACGACGGUCACUGUGAAUGGACCAGAAUCGACACCGUAAAUUAUCGCCCUGAGACCACUCCUCCUCCAGAAACAACCCCUGCUAUGAUGGCUAUUAUAUGAUAGGGUUUUAAUAUUCUGGUUUUUGACCUGGCUAUUCUUAAUAGAACUGAGUCAGUUUUGUAUAUAAUACAUGAAUGGAUAUGUACACUUAAGUUUCA